AUGACUUGCAAGAAAAUAUCAUUUCUGUUAGUUACAUUACUGUUUACAUCACGUAUUAUUUUACAACCAAGAUACUCUUUGAUUUCAGAUUGUGAUGAAACAUUCAAUUAUUGGGAACCUCUGAAUUUUUUGGUUAGAGGAUUUGGUAAACAAACAUGGGAAUAUUCACCAGAAUAUUCUAUUAGAUCGUGGGCCUUUUUAUUACCAUUUUAUGCUAUUAUUUACCCUUUCAACAAAUUUACUGAAUUAGAAAGUGUUUGGAAUUUUUACAUUACAAGAAUAACUCUGGGUUUGUUAUCAUUUAUUCUAGAAGUUCAAUUACAUAGUGAAAUAAAAAAAUCCAUGUCUCACAGAGUAGCUAAUAUAUGGUUAUUAUUUCAAAUAUUUAAUCCAGGUUAUUUCCAUGCAUCUGUAGAAUUAUUACCUUCUUCAGUAGCAAUGAUUUUAUACAUCGGAUCCAUUAAAUAUGCUCUACGUUAUUUAUCGACAAAUAAAAGUUCCUCUUUUACUAUGAGUCUUACUUUUAAUUUCAUUGCAGGAAUAUUAGGUUGGCCAUUCGUAUUGGUUCUAAGUUUACCUUUGUGUGUUCAUUAUGUCUUUUAUAACCCAAUAAUAGUAUCAAUUAGAACAGCAUUUGAUUGUACAUUGAUGUUACUUUCAAUUAGCGCUGUUGUCAUUGGUAUUGACUCCAUUUUUUAUGGCAAAUUUGCAUCAGUUUCAUGGAAUAUAUUAUUUUAUAAUGUAUUAAAUGCUGAUGAAAAUAGCGGCCCAAAUAUUUUUGGUGUAGAACCAUGGUAUUAUUAUUUAUUGAACCUUGUAUUGAAUUUCCCAUUACCUGUAUUAUUGUUUAGUUUUGUAGGAUUGACCCAUGUUAGUUUAGCACCAUUAUGGAUAUCUUUCACCUUAUGGAUGGUUAUAUUUAUUAUGCAACCACAUAAAGAAGAAAGAUUUUUAUAUCCAAUAUAUGGUUUGGUUUCAUUAAGUGCUGCCAUUGGAUUUUCCAAAUUGUUAACUUUUUCAAAACUGUGUAAAUUAUUAAAGAAGGUGUUGAAAUCUAUUGUUAUCCUCGCUGUAAUCAUACAAGCAUCAUCACGUAUAAUUGCCCUUAUUGUCAAUUAUACUGCACCAUUGGAUACGUUUGCUGAAUUAUACAAUAUAACCCCUAGUGGAUUAAACGAUAUAGAACUUAUCAAUGUAUGUGCAGGUCGUGAAUGGUAUCAUUUCCCUUCAUCAUUCCACUUACCUGAUGGGUAUCGUCUACAAUUUAUAAAAUCUGGAUUUGAUGGAUUAUUACCAGGUAAUUUCCCAGAAUCUAUCCCAUUGCUUGAAACUAUUCGUACUAUUCCUGAAGGAAUGAAUAAUUUAAAUAAGUUUGAUGCUGGGAAGAUUGUAGAGAUUGAUGAAUGUACAUAUAUUGUAGAUAUGGUUGAUAAUUCCAAUAAAGCAGUCGAUGCAUUUAAUCCAAUUGAAGAAAUUGAAAAUCAAAAAUGGAACCGUGUAUUCUGUAAUCAAAUCAUUGAUGUAGAUCAUUCCAAGAUUUUAGGAAGGGCAUUCUAUGUUCCACCUAUUAUUGCAGAUUUUAUGAAUAAAAAGUUACCUUCAUUAUGGAAUAGAAUGUAUGGGGUUCAAUUUACAGAUUACUGUUUGUUUGAACGUGCUGAAAAUGCUCCAAGAGAAAUAGAUAUAUAA